UAAAUCUCCGUUUCAUAUAGUUUUAUACAAUGCAUGAUUUCGAUUGAAAUUAAAUGGCGAAGCGAAAAGACCCUAAGCGAGCCAAUGCCGGCUCUUUCGCCGAUGACAUCAACUCUAAUACCUCAGAUUAUCGAACGUUCUCAGAAACAACCGACGAAAGUGACAGAGGAGAUUUGACCCGCCCCUUACCAAUUGCUGAAAAUACAGAUAUUCGACGUUCAUCAGUACCAGGGGAAGGAGGUUAUGGUAGUUAUAGUGACCGGAUGUCAAUAUCAGAUGGUCAGUUUGAUUGGCAGCUUACUUCAAAUAAUGAUGUUUUGGGAGCUUCCUCAGAUGCAGGGCCAGGAAACUUCGAACAAUUUGCUGGUUUAGAUCAAGAUGUGAUUUUUCAAGCUGUUGUUUUUAUAGAAGAUGCAUAUAAGUAUCGUUCUAUUUGUCAUCGUGUUGAUCCGAAGAUUUUACAUUUUUAUAGGAGUUAUCUUUCCACAUGGGUUAAUAUAAUCCAUGUUACAGUGAUAGCAGUUCUCCAUUUAUUAGCAUUCUUGGAAUAUCCUUCAUCUUUAACCUGGACGUCAGAUAUUCGUGAUCGUGGGGAGAGGAUAACUCUACCAUGUGGUGUAACAGAGACUAUUGAACUCAUCUGUUUAUUAUUGUUACUAGCAGACACAAUUAUACGGAGUUAUUUUAUGGGUUGGUCAUAUUUUAAAGGUCAUCGUUGGUUAGUUGUUUCUAUUUUUAUUCUCUCCAUGUCAUUAGUUGAUUGGAUGGUUUCUGUCUCAUUGGGGUGCCAAGAGUAUAUUAGAUUCCGAAGAAUCUUGAGACCAUUUUUUAUUUUGCAAAAUUCAUCUUUAAUGAAGAAAACAAUAAAUUGUUUACGAAGAACUUUACCUGAAGUAGCCAGUGUGUUAUUGUUGUUGUUUUUGCACCUGUUUAUGUUCACACUGUUUGGUAUGCUGCUCUUCCCAAAAGCAACAGAUACAGACACAGCUGAUGAGAUAAUGAAAAAUAAUACCAACCCAAACCAAACAUCAGAUACAUCUAUUGCGUCUACAGAGGGUCAGGAGUAUUUUAAAACUUUACUACAGGCCUUUAUGAGUUUAUUGGUUUUAUUAACAACAGCCAACAAUCCUGAUGUGAUGAUGCCAGCAUAUCGUCAGAAUAGAUUCUUUGCCAUGUUCUUCAUUAUAUUUCUAGGAAUAGGUUUAUAUUGUUUUAUGAAUAUGUUAACAGCUGUAAUAUAUAACAGAUUUAGAGGAUAUUUUCUGAAUUCUAUGCAGAGUAGUCAUUUCCGUCGUAAACUGGGUGUACGGGCUGCUUUUGAAAUAUUAAGAAGACGAAAGUCUGCUUUCAGACAUCAGUCUUCAAUUUCCACCAUUAGUGUUGGUGUAGGACAUUCCGUUGUUAGGUCUAUAGUCGAUCAAAUUAAUGUUUCUAAAAACGUCAAAAAAGCUCUUCAACAGGCUUUAAAAAGACGUCAACCAGCCAUUUAUUCAGCGACAGAUUUUCAAAUGUUAUUUGAAGAAUUAAAUCAGGAAGAGGCUGUUCGUGAGAGACCUGAAAUCCGUUGGUUUUCUGAUUAUCCUAAGGUUGUAGCCAUACAGAAAAUACUAGUACAUCGAUAUUUUUUCUAUUUUGAAUGUAGCAUGGCUUUUAUCAAUGUUAUUCUAAUAUCGGUUCAACUUCAGUUACAAUAUGAUAGAUCUUUGACAUCAAGUCAUUCCACAUUACGGGUGAUAAACUUCUGUUUUAUAAUAUAUUAUGUGAUAGAGCAAUGUUUAAAAUUGUGGGCGAUGGGAUGGAGGAGGUAUGUGUCGGAACGAGAACAUAUAUUUGAAGCUGUGAUUACCAUAGCUCUAGCUAUUGGAGAAACUGUUAAUGCUAUAGAAUAUGGAAUUCCAGUGUAUGGAAAUAAUAUUCAUGGUAAAUUGAUGUUAUGGAAUAUUAUACGUAUUAUAAAUAUAUUGAUAAUGAUUCGUUUGUUGCGAGUUAUACCUCAUAUACAGGCUAUGUCUAUUAUAGCCAGUACAAUCAUUGAUCUGGUUAAAAAUAUGAAAGCUUUCGCUGGUAUUUUAAUUGUUUUUUAUUAUUCAUUUGCUAUUAUGGGAAUGGAAUUAUUUCACGAUGCCAUCAAAUAUAAUGGAAAUUCUACACACAAUGGGAGUGUUCUUCAGUACGAAUGUGGAUCGUAUCAACAGUUGGAUUACUGGGCCAAUAAUUUUGAUGAUUUCGCAGCAUCUGUGGUAGUAUUAUGGGAUAUAAUGGUUGUCAAUAACUGGCAUGUUUUUCUUGCUGCUUAUGCAAAAGCUACAUCUUAUUGGUCGUAUAUAUAUUUUAUAAUAUGGUGGUUGUUGUCGGUGGUUAUAGUUUUGAAUCUUUUUACAGCCUUAAUUUUAGAGAAUUUUAUAAUUAAAUGGGAUAAGAAUGUUUUAGCAUCUCGAGAAAGAAGUGGAACAGUCGAGCUAGAAGAAGCCAAUAACCUCAUUUCGCUCCAUCAAAUGUUCAGGGAUAGUUUAAAAGAACCAGCAGAGAAUGAACUAUUGGUGGAGUUAACAAAUCAUAAUUACUUGAUGUUAGAUAGAUGAAUAGUAGAUUCAACCAUAGGUCUCAUAAUAACAAACCCGUCACAGGAAGUAAUUCAAUCACAGGUCUCAUAAUAGCAAACCUGACACCAGAAGUAAUUCAAUCACAGGCUUCAUAAUAACAAACCUGUCACAGGAAGUAAUUCAAUCACAGGCCUUAUAAUAACAAAUCUGUCAUAGGAAAUAAUUCAAUCACAGGCCUCAUAAUAACAAACCUGUCACAGGAAGUAAUUCAAUCACAGGCCUCAUAAUAACAAACUUGUCACAGGAACUAAUUCAAUCACAGGCCUCAUAAUAACAAACCUGUCACAGAAAGUAAUUCAACCACAGGUCUCAUAAUAACAAACCUGUCACAGGAACAAAUUAAACCUUUCUCAAUCAGAAUUUCUCUGGGGCUUAUCAUCAGAAGUUAUUUUGACAAUGGUCUACUCUUGGGUGAUUUGUGAUUGACAAGGAAUAUAACUAGCUGACAAUACCACCCACAAAGUGCCUCUGACACAGGUUUCUUAAUUUUUCAGUGUUUUAGUGGAAGUGUCCAUCUCCCUGGUUUUAAUCUGAUUAUAUUUAAUUCAUGUUUCAUAGAAAAUGAAUUAUGUCUGACAUCUUUAUUUCUAUGCCUGUUAACAUAACCGAGGAUAUAACCAAUUGAUUCCAUAUAAAAAUAUCAUGGGAGUGGGGGUGAACUCCACAUGUUGUAGACCCCUUUAGAUCAUAUGGUCUGACAUUGAGUCAAAUGUCUGCAUGUUGUAUGUGUUGAGUGGAUGGUAUGCCCUAUUUCUAUCUAAUGCUAUUAAUAACAUCAUAUUGAAAAGAAAUUCAAUUGGGAUUUAAAAUCCUACUUUUCUGCACCAGCCGGGCUAAUGAAGACCUUGUUUUUUUUGUCACAUCAAAUUAACUACACACGGUUCCUUGUCAGGCCUUCCAUCCUCCACCACUGACAAGAAGAACCAGAUUGACAAAUCCUGUGGGAAUCUAUAAUGCUACACAUAAUAUCAAUUAAUGCAUUACCUAACAUUUCUUAAUGUUGCCAAAUAUAUUGUCAGUCUUUGAAAUGCUUAAACAUAUACAUAGAUGUUUAAAAUGUUAAUCUGGAAUGCUUAAAGGAGCCAAGUCUUUAACUCAGUAUCAUCCACAGUCUUCGACAUUGGUCACUUUAAAUCAACCUUGAUAUUGUUAUCUUGCCGUUAAAAGAUGGGGUUCUGAUAUCCAAUAUGUAAGAAAAAAAUAAACAUUUUAAAAUUAGCACACGAAUCAGGGGCCAGAAUGCGCACCAAAGACCUCAAUUCAAUUCGAACUCUUUGCAUAUUUCACCGAAAUUACAGUAAAAACGGAAACGAUUGAAUGUAAAUCAGUUUAUAUGUAUAUACAUUCAUAUUACAUUAUUAUUUCCUUUGCAACCCAUUUAUGUCCAUAUCUAGGUGCCAAAAAAUAGCGAUUUAGCUCCUUUAACCAUGAAUUUUCAGAUAUUUACGUUGCAUAACCAUAUACAUUCUUUGAAAUGCUUAAUCAUACAUUAAAAUUAUUAUUCAUACAAUGCCAAAUAAUUGCAAUGCUUGUCCAGUCAUUGUUAGUUUCUUUGAAAAACUUAAUAAUAGGUUGCCAAAUUAUAUAUUUGAAAUGCUUAUCCAUAUAUGGCCAGUUGUUUAAAAUGCUUAGUCAUUUAUAACCAAGCAUUUUAAAACAAUGCCUGUAGAAUAUAUUUUCAUAAUUUUCAUUCAUAAAUUUUAAUCAUUUUAUUACGUACUGGAUAUUGUCAUCUAUAUUCUGAAUUAAAUGUAGACCAUAAAAGUAACAACUACAUUCAGACACUCUCCUAUACUUGUUUCAAUAUAAUUAAAUGUAUUCAUUGUCUCGUUUUACUGAUUUAGUAUUUAACUAAACUCCUUCUGCACCAAUAUCCAUUGCCUUUAUAAAUCUAGCGUUAUUUACCAUUUUAAUUAACUGUUUAGUUCAAGUCACUAGUGGCAACAUUUUAAUAAUAUUUUAUUGGGUAACUAACUAUACUUAAACUACUGGAGACUAGUGUUUUAACAACCAAGUCAUAUAGAUUAAACCCAAGUUUCAUACAAAUGUCUAAUUCUUUAAUCCUUUAUUUCACUAAUCACAUUGUAAAUUAUUGCACCAUGUAUACAUAACAUGUUAUUGUCUGCAAUAUCAUCUCGGUGGAAGCAGACGUAAAAUACAACUAACUCACGUACACACACAUACAUAUAGAUUUCACCUCAGUGGAAGCGGACGUUAAAUAAAGCUAUUUCACACACAUAUAUAGGAGAUAUAUUUAAAUUAUUAUAAAGAAUGCACAUCGUAUUGUUCAUUCCAUUUUAGUUGUUAGUCGAUUUUAAUGUUGUUGCUGUUUGAAUAAAUUCAUAUUCAGAUUACACAGUUGUCCCUGUUUUAUGGAUGUAACCCACUAGGUUACACAUAGCCAGAUUCUUUGAAAUGCUUACUCUUAUAUAUUGUAGGAUAUUUGAAAUGUUUAACCAUACAUUGUCAGAUUCAGUGAAGUGCUUAAUCAUAUACAUGUAUUUCCAAAUAUUUUAAGAUGCUUAUCCAUGCAUUGUCAGAUGUUUUAAUACUUAAUUAACUAUAUAUUUUUAAAUAAUUCAAGUGCUUUAUCAUACAUUAUCUGAAUGAAAAAUGCUUUACCAUAGAUAGUAAAUGGUGCCUUUACUUUGUUGAUAAAAUGUUUAUAUUAGUAGAGUUACUGAAUAACCUGGUG